CUCUGGAAAAGAUGUGGAGAAGAUAAAGAAGGAUUGUGGGCUCCUAUUUCUACAAGCCAUUUUUUAGAUGAAGAAAUUGGGUCUAGUUUGGUUGCACCCUUAAUGGGCCAAAUAAAUUCUGCAAGUCUAUUAGAGACCAACCACGUGCCUAGCAGCCCACCAGCUGAAAUUUCUUCUUCUUCGAUGGAAACUCCAUCUCCCACAUCUUCACAACCUGACGCUCCCAAUUCACCAAGAGAUACUUCCUCCAUGUCUUCUGAUACACCACAAAAUUCGCCUAGCCGGGAUGCAACUACGGUGGUCACUCCGCCAUCAUCUCCGACACCCGCUGUUGUGGUUGAAGAACCUGCUCCGGUGAUUCCGCUUCGACGAGGAACACGACCACGUACAUUUCCGUUAGAGCAAAACACCAACUUGUCUUUCUCUAGUUCUCCUUUGCUCUCGGAUCCUGAACCGUAUCAACGUCUGAUUGGGAAACUGAUUUAUUUGGGAUCAACAAGAUCCGAUUUGGCUGAUUGUGUACAUCAUCUGGCACAAUUUAUGAAGAAUCCAAGAGAGGACAAUGGGCAGGCAGCAUUACGGGUUGUAUGCUACUUGAAAGGGACUGCUGGCCAAGGUAUUUUUUUACGAGCACUGAAGAAUUUCCAGAUCACAGGCUGGUGUGAUUCGGAUUGGUCAGGUUGUCGGAACUCAAGACGUUCAGUGUCUAGGUAUUUUGUUCAGGUUGGCGAUUCCCCUGUCUCAUGGAAAGCCAAAAAGCAGGACACAGUGAGUAUGUCUUCCACCGAGGCAGAACAUCGGGCCAUGGCAUACAUCACCAAAGAACUUUUGUGGCUGAAACGUGUUCUUCAUGAUCUCGGCGUCAAUUAUGAUCAACCAAUGCGUACUUUAUCCGCGAAAAAAUACAGAAAGGUAUUAUUGCACCAGUUCAUGUUGAUAAUAGUGCUCAGUUAGCCGACAUCUUUACAAAACCACUUGGUGAACAAUCAUUUGAAGAUUUUCAUGUCAAACUGGGCAUUUUAAAUUUCCAUGCUCCAGUUUGAGGGAGGGUAUUGCGAUAUUAAGCCCACUGGACUCCACUGCAGCCCACCGUACGUAUGCUUCAUUGUCAUCAAGUCUCCGUCAAUCUCUCGUCAAUCAUCUCCAUCUUCCUUAUACGCUUCUGCAUAUCUCUCUGCGUAUAUUUAUGUAUCUUCUGUAGUUAAUAUUGAUUGAUUGUGUACGUAUCCUCCAAGCUAAAAGACUGUAUAUAAUUGUUGGCCAUGAGCUCAUGAAUAAAACAGAGAAUUCUCGAUUCUGUUCAGAACUACCUGCAAAAACAAGGAGAAAGCACCGAGCAACCAGGUGAUUUGGAAUUUGGUUGAAACACAAUGUGAAACCCUUUCUUGCCUGUAAUUUAAACUUUACACCAACAGGAGACAUGGAGCUGAAGAUGGAUUGCUCUCGGUACUCCCGAAGAAAGAAAACACCCCCAGGAAAACGACCGAAACAGUAUCUCCAAAAGUUACAAGGACCCGACGUAUUAGCGGACGCAAAAAUCAAAUCAACUCAUCUGAUUCUGAGAGCGAAUAAACACCAUUGAAACAUGUGAAGUACAGAACCUACAUGUUUUUCCUUCAGGUGAGGCCAACUAUUUCUGAUCUGACACCUUAAAUUUAAUUUUUAGAACACUAAGUUGGU